AUGGAGACCUGCAAAGUAGAAUCCGCACUCGAUCUUGGAGACAACAAGGCCACAAAUGGCAUGAAAAGCUCGUUAAAGAGGCUUUUGAACCUGCUAAAGUGCCCACUUUGUGACGAGUUAUUUGACCAACCAACUACGUUAAGCUCUUGUGGCCACUCAUUCUGUGUGUCUUGCAUUGAUCAAUAUUCCACCAAUGCUUGUGUGUGUCCUGUAGAAGGAUGUCGAAUGCCGAUGUCUCUUGUUGGUGGACAUGGGGGCUCCUUUCGCAAGGUCAAUCCACAAUUGGCGCAAACUGUGGAAUCAGUCAAAUUGUUAUGUCAAAAAUUGAAUCAAUGUGACGAUGAUUGGUGGAAGACAGCGUCAAAGGAAUAUACGCUAGACACUGGAGCCUCGCAGGAGUUCACAGACACACAACAAUUAUUACUGACGGAUCCACAUGAUAACGAAGAAGCAAUGGUUGAUUUGCAAGCGAGCCCAAGCCUCCUUGGUGAUGACGACAGUAGCGACGAAGAAGAAAUGGAGUAA